CCGACUAGAGAUGGAUCGAAACUCGGGACCAUAAACAACAUAUCGGCCGGCGGUUUGCUCAGAAAAUAUAUAGAUCCAAUCACCCAACACAAGACGCGGCAGAUCGAGAAGCUUGGAUCAAGUGCGAUGGCGAUGGUUGACGUGAGGGUCGCGGGCCUCGCGGCCAUCCUCGUAUCUAUCCUUGCGUGUUUUCUUCUGCUCGACCAGGCGGGCGCGUUCACCGGCAACCAGACGCCCUACUCUCCGUCUCCGGCGAUCGCCAUCGACUUGGGCAACACCAACUCGUGCGUCGCCGGCUACGGCCACGGCAACGGCCAGGCCGAAACCAUGUUCCAGCUCUGCAUCCCAACCUGGGUGGCCUUCCCCGGCGACGGGUCCGUCUUGGUCGGCGAGGACGCCAAGAACCACGCCGCUCCCAUCUUCGGCUUCAAGCGCCUGCUCGGGAAGAGGCGCGACUUUGAGCGCGAGGAGGAGAACGUGCGGGAACUCAUGGCCCGCGUGCCCUACAAAGUCGUAGGCCGCGAGAGGCCCCUCGUUCAGGUGAAGAUGGUAGCAGACGGUGCGGUCAAGAACCUCGGCGCCGACGAGAUCACGGCCAUGGUGUUCGCCAAGCUCAGGGAGUCGGCCGAGGCGUACCUCGGCCGCGCGAUCCAGGAGGCCGUCGUCACGGUGCCGCAGCAGUACAACGAUCCAGCAAGGUAUUCCAUCUUGAGGGCCGCCGAGCUCGCCGGCCUGCGCGUCACGAGGUUGAUCGACGAGCCGACCGCGGCUGCCGUCGCUCACGGCCUCCACAGGAAGCUGCGCGACGAGGGCAACGUCCUCGUUCUCCACAUGGGCGGCGGGACGUCAGACGCGAGCGUCAUGUCGUAUGUGGACGGCGUCUUCGAGUUCAUGGGAGCAGACGAGGAUCCUUUCCUCGGAGGACAGGACUUCGACCAGAGGAUUGUCGAUCACUUCGUCAAGCUGAUCAGGAAGAAGCACGGCAAGGACCUCAUCCGCAACGACGACAAGGGCAGCGCGCUGGGCAGGUUGAGGACGGCGUGUGAGCAGGCCAAGAAGGCGUUGAGCAGCCAAGACGUUGCCGAACUGAGCAUCAAGUCACUUGUCGAUGGCGUCGAUUUCUCGGCCUCGCUGACCCGGGCGGAGUUUGAGGAGCUGAACCAUGACUUGUUCCUUAAAGCCAUGGCGUUGGUGGAGAGUGCCAUGAGACAAGCUGAGCUAGACAAGAACAAGGACCUGCUUGAUGAGAUUGUGCUGGUUGGUGGAAGCACCAUGGUCCCUGGGAUUCGGAGACUUGUCACCGAUUAUUUUGAUGGGAGGAGGAAGCUGAAAAAUGUCAAUGCGUCGGUGAUGCCGGAUCAAACAGUCACUCUCGGAGCUGCUCUUCUAAGCCAUCCUACGGCAAAUGGGUACCCAUGCAUGGGAGGCGACAGGCGUCAGUGGGGAUACUCCACAGACUGGUGUUUUACCGACUGAACUUCCCGUUGUUGAUUGACUGCCUGAAGUUAGCAAACCACUAACUGUGACAAAUUGUAGUUUAUAUAUCCUCUUCUUUUUGUAGGUUUUGUUAAAUGUGAACGUUGGAAUCUCAGGAUUACAGCCUUAAUUAACUGAUGCAAUGCAACAGCUGACUUGUGAUAACUUCUUCUUUUCCCCAGAUGUUUUCCAUUUUGUUUA